AGUACUUGACCCAGUGAUCCGGCAGAAUGACCACUGAUCUGGCAGCAAUUGCAGUUUGGCAAUGCGGGUGAUAUUUACAUAUACAAAUGCAGUUCCGUGUCACUUUUGCAAUGUUUCACGAUACGAUUACAAAGAACAACUCUUUGCGUUGACUCUCUUUGUCAGAGACGCAGCAGGCAAAGAUAUAACUCUUGCAACUUGCUCGUAGAAUAGCUUAAAGGGUCCCUCACCAGGUCACUUAGCAAAUCUCGGUUAUACGCUGGAAAUUGCUACGUGUCCUCUAGGGAGCGUUCUACGCAAGGCUUUUUUCAAAUUGGCUCACUAAAAGAAAAAAACAUUAAAUUAUGGGGUUUUACGUGCCAAAUUUAUUUUCUGAUUAUGAGGCACGCCGUAGUGGAGGACUCCGGAAACUUCGACCACCUGGGAUUCUUUAACGUGCACCUAAAUCUAAGUACCACGGCUGUUGUCGCAUUAAGCCCCCAUCGAAAUGCGGCCGCCGUGGCCGGGAUUCUAUCCCGCGACCUUGUGCUCAGCAGCCUAACACCACAGCAACUGAGCAACCACGGCGGGUUGCUCAUUAUUAGCAGAGAUCGAAAUAUUUCAGUGCCGCGAACCCACAAUUUCUGGAGGCGAGCGUCACCGCCAACAUAGACCCUCUCUCCACUUACCUCGUCUAGCAUCCGCAACCGAAAUUUCUUCCCAGCGUUCUCCCAUGCCGGAGCUGGAGGAUCGCGUGACGUAUGCGUUGCGGACUCCGUCUUCUCUCUCUCUCUCUCUCUUCCGUCUUUUCUUUUCUUUCUUCUUUUCUUUUCUUUUUUUUUUUCUUUUUUUUUUCCGCGCGCGAGGCGCACUUUUGCUGACGCUCUCACGCGCGAGCUGUUGUGCUUGGCUCGUUUCGCGCAGCGCUCCGAUUUUACGCGCUGUGCACGAGAACACCUGAGUAGCGAUAUAAGUCGGUGCUACACAAACACUGUGGCCGACGAAAGCGGAUCACAGAACAUGAUCGCGCGCUGGAACACGGUAGAAAAUGGCAUAGUUUUGCUCUCCGCGCGCGCGACUGCACGACUUGGGAACAAGCAGACGAGACAGAAGUACACCUCUCUUGCUACGGCACGAAGUAGAACAAAGACGCGCAGACAUUCGCUUCGUAGGUUUUAUUAUUUCUCUAAACUUUGAUUAGUCUAUUGAAGCAACAGAUCAACCAAACAACUGCUGUUGUUUUGAGUAAUUAUCAAGGUCACGUGUCACUGUGAGUGAAGUCACAGCACGGUGAACUACGCAGGCCCACUUGCGCGACUGACGUCGAAUCUCCGGCAGGUAGCGCGGCGUCCGCGAGAAGGGCGUAGGCCGUUUGGUUUGAAUGUCAGCUCUUCUCGCGCGCGUAGCUGUGUAAUACUUCGCAUGCACGGUCGUCAGCGCGCAUUGCAAGCACUGCGCUUGUCGGCUCGAAAUGGCCAGACCUGGUGGGGGGCCCUUCAAGGGCAAUCACGCAUUCUCUGUCGGAAAUAAUUGCACGCAGCUUUGACCUGUUCAGUUUCUUUAUCUUCAUAGGCGCCCUCGUGCAAACACACGUUGCUCGUUUUUUUUUCGUUUUUUUUUUAGGGAUGCUUUAUUAGCGGACGCUUUAUGCUCCCUUCUCUUCUAGGAAGUGGUUCGCUGUCCUUCGCACCUCAAGCGACCGACUGGACAACUACGUACGGAGCUAGCCGCAUGCCUUGCGGCUCGGGGGAAAGAGUGAACAUUAUGUUUCCAUCCAUCAAUCGAAGCCUGCUGCCCAUCAAAGCACACUACUUCCUCUACGUUGCAGCUCAAGCCUGCGUUCUUCCGUACCUGGCUGCGGUCGGUCGAAGCAAUGGGAUACCCGAGUCGAACAUCGCCUACAUAUUCGCCCUCAUUCCCAUCGGCGCCAUAUUCGUGAAGGUCAUCGGUGGCUACGUCGCGGACAAAACUCAGAACGUCACGGCCAUACUUCUCGUUCUCGUCGUGUCCCUGUUGACAUCUAACGGCAUGGUGUUCUUCAGCAAAAGUGUGCGGGACCCCCCGCUUCCUCCGCUGACGCGUCUCAACUGCCCGCUGACAAACUUGACUCUUGAAAACCCUUUCGUCAACUGCACAGAACUCGCGCCUCCUUGCAACCUCGCCUCUUGUUCUCACAAAGCAUCGACGGAGACGGACGUCCUCUUUGACGGUAACGUCUCAGCGGCGAGCGCGGACAAUAUGUGCUCGCUGCUGCGACCGAACGACACGACCUUAUUUCGUGCCUUCCCCGUCGAGGUGUGCCGGUUGAGCUGCCUGUGUUACGAGGCGGAAGACAACGCGGUCAACUACGGCGUCUACGUCGUGUUCGUCGCGAUCUCGUUCAUGACCGGUGCCAGCGUGUUCGUGCUCACGGACGCUGCCGUCUGCGAAAAGCUCGGUGACAGGGCGAACACCUUCGGCAAGCAGAGGAUUUGGGGAACCAUAAGCUGGGGCAUCCUGAGCCCCAUAGCGGGAAUCGCUAUAGACGCAGCAAAUGCAGCCACGAGUGGCCGCGCCGGGUACACCCCGGGCUUCUACAUUUUCGCCGUGCUUCUCUUGAUGGACAUGGUUGUGCUGCACUUCACGCCGCGCCUGAGAAUGGGCGCCCAGUCGUUGAGUUUCUUCAAGGACAUCAGGACCGUCUUCGGCGGUUGUGAGGUUAUGGUCUUCACCUUCUGGACGUGCUUCACCGGCGUGUUCUUCGGCGUGCAGGCCUCCUACAAUGCCUGGUUCCUGGAGGACAUCGGCGCGCCCAAGCUGGUCAUCGGUCUCGGUUUCUCCAUCAUGACACUGCUGGCCGAACUACCUAUCCUGUUCGUGGCUGACAAAAUUAUGAUUCGAAUCGGCUGCUUCUCGUCCUACUGCUUGUCUUUCGCCUCGUCUGCCGUAAAGUUGAUCGCUUACUCCUUCCUGAACAACCCCUGGUACGCCCUCAUCAUCGACGUCAUCGGCGGUGCGGCGUUUCCUCUAGCGUUAGCUUCCAUGACGGUCUUCGCAAGAGAAAACGCUCUCCAGGGCACGUCCGCGUCCGUGCUGUGCGCUCUCAACGCCUGCUUCGAAGGACUCGGUGUCGUCGCCGGCAACUUUAUCGGUGGAAUAUGUUUCGAAAAAGUCGGAGGCAAGCUGACCUACCAGUACCUCGGCAUCGCAGCGACCGUCUGCAUGAUCGGCUGCGGUCUCUCGGGAUUCAUCGUGCGGAAGCUGUAUCCAAAAGACUCACUUUGGAAAGCUACCGUUGAAGAGCCAACCGGCGCCUAGUUAAUGAUUUCCUAAAGCAACGAACGUAUCGAUACGCAUAUCCAUCUAUAAUAAAUUGAGCGAUGGCGCGCUGUUACGCCUACCGUUCUCCACAGACACCUCAUAAUAAAUGGACAAGAUCACAGAAAUAACAAGACUAUACACAUGCGUUCGUUUGGAUGUCUCGUUCAUUUGCGUUGUUGUCAUGCUGAAAAAAAUGCAAUAUCAAAUGGCCCAGGACAAUGCCCACAGAGUAUAGGCACUUCCCGUGCAUCAAUAGCAUAGUUAUCGCGCGACAUGAAAUAGACGCCGGAUGACGCGGCGCCGAAAAUACGUCGAAAAUACGCUUCUUGUGGUUGCGCUUUGACGUCACCGACGGCAGCGCAUGCAGAACCAAAGUACGUGUGGCAUGUUCAACUGCCUCCUGUUCAUGC